UUAUGGCCCAUCAGUGAGGGGUCGCUGGCCUGCAAUUUCGCCACUGAGAUCGUUUAGUGUAUUUUUAUAAUCGGUGACAGAUUUCGCGGCGGUACGGUGCGACCACGGCGUGUGGCGAGCCGAGCUAUUUACACGACUGUUUUCGUUUACAUAUACAGAACUGGCUGGCGUCAACGUUUUCUAGUCACAUCCGUCGUUCCUUGUGGUGUUUUAUGUGCAUUUGGCGCCGUCGGUGUGUUAUCAGUCCUCGGGAAGUGUGUCGAGUAAUUUAUAACGUAAUUAAUACGUUAUCGGUGACGGUGAAGCGAUGAAACCGCGUGAGUUGUGAACUUUGCAUCCAGUUGUGACCAGGCGAUGGAAUCUUGCAACUCACCUACAAGUCCCCCCAAAACUUUUAUCAAUGAUAAACACCUGAAAUAUUAGCUAUAAAAGGCAUGUGAAUGAAUACUUCUUCAAAAAGAAUAGUAAAAACCCCGCAAGAUAAAGCACAGCGUUCAUCUAAUCAUGUAGAUGCAACCCAACACAUAAUAUAACGGAACACCUCAACCUUAGGCAUUUUAAGUUCAACCUGACAAAAGUUAUCUGUGAUCUCAUUUAGUUUAGUAAAAAAAAACUUUCGCCUAAAUUACCUAGUUACGAAUAAGUGAAAAAAGAGACAUUAAAUUAGACUGAACAAGCAAAUGUCAAAAUCCGGCGCGAACUACCGUGAAGUUUGAAUUUGGAAACAGACAAAAUGGCGGUUCAGUGAGUGGUCAUGGAUGACAGAUAGUGGAUAGGUUCGUUGAGGAUGGGAUAAUGGAAGUUGGGGCGUUGGGUUCGUGAAAAUGCCGCAUGCUCAUUCGAGUUCGGCGGCGAGCUCGGGCGGUGACGACCUGGGCUCCACUGAUGAGGUCAAGGUCUUCAAGGACGAGGGGGACGGAGAAGACGAGAAACGGAGCUCGGAGAAUCUGCUCGAGGAGAAGUCCAGUCUAAUCGAUUGGACGGAAAGUGAGGAGAAGUCCGCAGAGCAUUAUCCCGGUAAACUAUCGGUUAAAUCGGACCUAAGUCCAGUAUUUGGUAAAUUUGAACCGCAUCCUGCAGCCGGCUUCAACAUGGGGUACCUGAUGGCGCCCUAUCCCUACCCCAACGGUGGAGCGCAUCCCCUGCCCGUCUCGAUGUUUAUCGACAGCGGCAUCGACCGCGUUCCAUCACUACAGACGGGUAAGAUGGGCUUACCGGCAGGAGGCAGCCUGUCCCUCUUCUGCCCUGGUGAGCUGGGUCAGCCCCCACCAGCGCACAUGGGCAUACCCCCGCCAUACCAGCUGGACUCUAAACUAGCGGCUGGGUUGGCGCGGACGCCCAUGUACCCUUUCCCGGGAGGAACAUAUCCUUACCCGAUGCUAAGUCCGGAGAUGUCCCAGGUUGCGGCCUCAUGGCAUACCCCGAGCAUGUACCCCAUAUCGUCAGCGGCCAGCGGCUUCAGAAGUCCGUACCCCACGUCGCUGCCUAUUUCAAGUUCUAGUCUAUCGAGGUAUGGUAUCAUUAGUGAAUUGUACCGGUUCUCCCCGACGCUGGGCGGUGGACUGGGCCUGGGCUUAGGGCCCGCGCUCGUCCCCCCUCCCCCCUCCAAGUCAGACCUCGACUCACAUCAUUCACGAUACGCACGGUCACUUGAGAAGGGCAGCAGCAGCUCGUCAAGCGAUAAGCCGUCGGAGAGUUCAGCGAACACGAACAAUAAAGAACAGAACAAGAAACCACACAUAAAGAAACCCCUCAACGCUUUUAUGUUAUACAUGAAAGAAAUGAGGGCAAAAGUCGUGGCUGAAUGCACCCUCAAGGAGUCAGCAGCCAUCAACCAGAUCCUCGGCCGACGGUGGCAUUCGUUGAGCCGCGAGGAACAAGCAAAGUACUAUGAGAAAGCGAGACAAGAGCGACAGCUCCAUAUGCAGCUGUACCCCGGGUGGAGCGCCAGGGACAACUACGGUUACGGCUCCAAAAAGAAAAAGCGGAAAAAGGACCGCAGUCCCGCUGAGCUGGGAGGAAAUAAUUUGAAGAAAUGUCGAGCGAGAUACGGUCUCGACCAACAGAAUCAAUGGUGCAAGCCUUGCAGGCGGAAGAAGAAGUGCGUCCGCUACAUGGAGGCGCUGGCGGCGGCGGGCGCGCGCUCGCCCUGCUCUGACUCGGACGUGAAGCUGGAGGAGCUGUCGGACGCCAGCAGCGACGACGCCGACACGCCGCUGAACUCGGCCUCGUCCCCCGGCGCGCUGUCGGCGCUGUCCUCGCUCGCGUCGCUGGCGUCGCCCGCGCCCGAGCCCGCGCCGCCGCGCCACCCCGUGGGCACCAAUCCGCGCGACGCCAACAACCCGCUCUCCGUGGGACAGCUCACCAGCCAGUCCUGGCCCCGCGCCGCGCCCCGACCCGGACACGAGGUCAUCUCUGUAUCCUAGUACCCGCUAAUGUUGCUGCUGUUCUCCAACUCCUGCAUCCGAACCUCGAUCCCGCUGACACCGGCACUUUCGUGAACUUCUAUACCAAUUAUCAAAUAUAUUCGUUAAAUUUACAGUUUUUAAAAAAUGGCCUAAUGUUUAACUUAUAUAACCACACCAAGUGCACGGUGCCAGCGGGAAUCGAAGUCGUUCUUGUUGAGAGUGGCUACAACAUUUCUACCCUAGUUCUACUGUUACGAUAAGUAGGCCAUUCUUCAGUCGAAGUGAUCUCAAAAUUGUGAGCCGGAAUCGAGUCAUUUAUAGUGCAUUUUAACUGCAACACACUUUUAGUACCGAGAUAUGAGCCUGCAUUAAUAAAUUUAAUACUAGUCACAUCUGCAUGUGCCAUGUUUCAUCACAAUGUCUGUUGAUCUUUCUGUCGUUUUAAAAUCUCAGAAACUCGCCUUUCAAUAUUUCUGUAACAUCAGUUUUCUAACGAAUGUAAAAGAUUGUCUGCGUAUCGAGACACGCCCUCAGUCAAAUCACUUCAGUCAUUUAUUUAUUGCUCGAUAUUCAUAUAAUCUUUUACUUCCGGAUCUAUUUGAAACAAGAACUUUUUGUAAAGUCCAUUCUAAAUCUUUAGCGUAUAUUUCGGUAAUAAAAGUGUGAAGUUUUCCACCACCCUGUACCUUGAAUAGUCAACAAUAUUUUAAGCUAAUAUGAUAUACCAUAAUUUCAAAUUACACAAAAUAUAUUCUGAUUUCGCUGCUCUUAAAAUUCACUACUGUUUAAACACUUAUCUAAUGUUAAUACAUCGAAACAUGCACAAUUAACGGUAUAACUUCAUAUAAAUAUUGUGACGAACGAUUUUCACCUCUAUUGCUCUCUUUAUGAGGAUGUUUUCGCUAUAACAGGCCUCACUUGCUUGACGUUUAAGCAUUAAAGCCUGAAAAAUAACCUUAAAACUGACGUAACUGUCUUACUAAAGUAAGACAUACUAAGGAUACGUCACUACAUGAUCUAAAAAUGUCUAAUUAAAAUACAUUAUUUAUUGAUAGUCAAAAUCUAGUUCAAAACAACCUCAUUAAUGGAAUUUUAGACUUUGUCUUUCAAUGAAAAAUGUACUACAAAAGAAAUUAAAAAGUGAGAUGUCUUUUUGAACAAACGACACUUGUUUGUAUAAUGCUUGGACGUCGUCGCGAUUAAGGCCUGGUGUUCUUAAAAUGAUCCUGCCUACGGCCUGCACCAGAUAAAGGUUCCAUGUAGCGUUAUAGAUUUUGAAUUUAGUUUAUAAAAUAUUUUCCCUUCGCGUUAUGCUCGUGUAUAAAGUUAAUGUUAAGGCGAACGGAGGGAAAUAUGUUUUUCCGUUGUACGGAACUUGUUAGACUGUCGUAGAUUAGACUAGGCACGUUGUAUGAGUGAAGUAUAUCAUAAGGUGUUGUGCCGAACGCCCUUCCAUAAAAUUAAACGUUAAUAAAAGUGGAGUUGAAAAAGACGUCAUUGGUUGUAACGUAAGCUAAAUGUGUUAGUGAAAAUGGUAUUUAUUUAAUUAAUAAUGGAAUUAUGUGUCUUUAUCUUUGUAAAGAUUUAUAUCUUAAUAUAUUGUAUUCAAAUUCCACUUUUGUAUGAGCUUUUAAUAUUUCACAAAGUAUGUCAGCACGCCAUCUAUGUAUUACCGCGUGAACUUGAAUGACAAUAGUCCCAUUUGUUUCCGCUAGAUGGCCACUAAACCCUCGCGAAGGGCGGGUCGGGACAACACCGCACUGUAUAUGUGUAAGUACAUACAUGAUGUAAAAAUAUAGUUGUAAUCUAACUGUGUCAUAUUAGUAUAUAAGUGUACUAUGCUACUUACAUAUGUAUACAUUAUUAUUAUAUAAAAAGAAGUUUAAAAGAAAAAUAUUAGUUAAUACUGACUCGAAAAUGAAAAUGUUUGGUACAUACGGAAGACAAGAUAUUUUAUAAUUGGCAACCCCCGAUAGGAGUCAAAUUUGUAAAUAAAUUUGUAAUUCAUGAAUAUGUAUAGGACAUUUUUUGGUAUAAAAAUAUUGCAUUUAUAUUAUUAUUAAAAAAUUAAAGAAGCGAUUAGUGCCCUCGGAAUGUUCUCGGAUGGUUAGUUUUGUCCAACAAAUGAUUUUUGUUAAUUACUUUUUAUUGUUAUUAUUAAGAAUUUUAACGUUGUUACUUGAAAUACCAGCCACACAUUGAUUUAUAAAUUGUGCUCUUGUUGAUUGAAAAUUAAUUAAAAUCAGAUGUUCUUAUGGACGACAGAAUCGACUAAUAUUCACUGACAAUUGAUAUCAGCAACAUCAGUUUCAACAGCUUGACAGAAUAAUGGACGUUGAAAUUAUAAUAUUAAUCAUUCGUACGAUUUUGCAUGAAAUCCGAAUUUGUGCAAUAAAUAAAAUGGGUACUUUAUAGUUUUCUAAAUAUAAAAUUAGAUAUUUUUUCUUAAAAAUUAAUUGAUAAGGUCUUUACUUGACUUUUAUAGAGAAUGAUGGAUUUGAUUUUUUUUUUUAUCGAAAUGAGGAAGUUUUUAUUUUGAUGAUGUUUUUAUCCCGUGCCAAAACCAUCUAGAACUAACAGAUUGCCAGGGAAUGACUAUAACAUAAUGUCUGUGCCAAAUGUAUGUAUGAAACAGCUGCAGGUAUUGUGAACUUACCUUGUCUUUUAUGUUGGUAGAUUUUAUAGGUUGUUUUUAUUGUUAAGCGGGAAAGACAGAUGGCUCUUACGACGGGCCAGGCAUUUUUUUUUUGUAGAAACAUUGACAAAUUAGUAAACUCAGUUAUUAGGUCUGGUCCCAUGUCUUGUGUUCAGUUGAACGAAUAUUAUUUUAAUAAACAACUUAAAAAUUGUA